AUGAAUUUUCGCUGGUCUUUACUUCUAGGAACACAACUCGGGAUGUAUUCUUCAUCCUCAGAAUGGAUCUCUUCGGGUUCAGGAUCGAUUUCUUCAAAGUUAUCUUCAACUUCCAUCUCUUCAUGUUCAUUCACUGGUUCAGGAGCUGCAGGUUCUUCGACAUUCAAAACUUUUUCUGCUGGCACAACUGAUGUUACGUUGGUAUUAAGUGAAGAACGAGUGACGGGAAAUGUAACUACUGAACUUCAGGCUAAUGGUGACUCUCAAGGUCGUAUUAGUUAUGAGAAUCGAGGUGAAUGUUUUUUUCUGCCAUAUACCAAAGAUGAUGUCGAAGGGAAUGUUACUUUGAGAGCUGGUGAUAAAGUCUCCUUUCAGAUUGCAACUAACCAACGAGGAAAUUUAGGUGCUUGUCAUGUUAGACUUGAGAAUCCAGUACACCCAGUUCGUUAUCGCGGUGUGAUAUGUACAAUGAAAGAAAGUUUUGGAUUCAUUGAACGCGCAGAUGUAGUCAAAGAAAUAUUUUUCCACUUUAGUGAGGCCAAAUCAUUAAAAGAAGAGUUAAAACUAGGAGAUGACGUUGAGUUCAUAAUACAAACGCGUAAUGGAAAAGAAGUUGCGUGUAAUAUUACUAAAUUACCGCCAGGUUCUAUCAUCUUUGAAGAAAUCAACAAUGAAAUUAUUAAAGGUCAAGUAUUAAAACCAUUAGAGAGAGGAAAUACAGCGCGUCAUCACAAUGAUCCACUACCGGGACGUAUUCGCUACAGAGCUGCUGAUUAUUCUGAAGAAGAAAUACCAUUUGGUGAUAAAGAUCAAAAAGGCGAUUUUACUCUUAAACAUGGCGAUUGGGUUCAGUUUUUAAUUGCAACAGACACUAGAGAUCAAUUAAAACGAGCAACAGAAAUAUCAUUAUUGCCGGAAUCAUUUACCGUAUCGGGUGAGAGACGAGAACAAGGUAUCAUUGCGGCAUUAAAAGACGGUUUUGGGUUUAUAAGAUGUGUUGAUCGAGAUGCUAGACUAUUCUUUCAUUUCAAUGAAGUUCUCGAUAUCGAUAGAGAGAUAGCUGUAGGUGAUGAAGUGGAAUUCACUGUGAUACAAGAUCCUCCGACUUUCUUUUCAAAUACUCGUCAAAGUGCGAUUCGACUGAAACAUUUACCGUCUGGCACUGUUCAAUUUGAAACUGUUACCGAAAGUGAUUUAGUAGGAACUGUUAUACAAGAUAUCUCCGGUAUGGACCCUGGAUUGAUUGGAUAUACAAAAAAUGGACAGCAAAAUAAUAUUAUUUUCUUUACUAAAGAUUGUGAUUCUAAAGUUAUUCCAAAAUUGGGUGACAAAGUAAAAUUCAGUAUCUGUCAGGUAAAAAGAAAUAAAGAAUUAGUAGCAGUUGACAUAUCACUAUUGGAUGUAAAAGAAGAAAAAGCAGAAAAUGCAAAUAAUGUAAGUGGUUUAGAAUGUCAAGGUUUCAUCGCUGCACUUAAGGAUGGUUUUGGUUUCAUCGAAACUUUCAAUCACGAGAGAGAGAUAUUUUUUCACUUUAGUACAUUCGAUGGAGAUGCAAGUACUUUAGAAGUUGGCGCUGAAGUUGAAUGCACAAUCGGAUCUGGUAAUAGUCGUAGUACUGGAGGAUGCACUGCGGCUGAAUCUGUUCAUCUUGUGCCACGUGGCACGAUUCCCCGUGCUGCAAUAGUUAGUGAAGUAUUAGAUGGAACUGUUAUUCGACCGUUACGAAGUGCGAAUCCUGAGCAAUCGGAGUAUGCUGGAAUGAUAAAAUUAAGUGUGAUCACUGACGAAAAUAAUGCAAAAAAAUAUGAAUUUGGUAUUAUGGGCUUAUUAAAUAGACGGGAGCUAUUGCAAACGGGUGAUCCAGUACAAUUUCAAGUUGACUCUGAAGGCCAUGCGUGUAAUAUCGUAGCUGUUCGUAAAAAACGGAUAGCUACAGUAGACGCAGUUAAAGGGGCUUUUGGCUUCCUUACUUAUGAAAUUGACGAUGGAAAAAAGCUAUUCUUCCACAUGACUGAAGUUAAAGAUCACACAACACUUCAGCCGGGUGAUCAGGUAGAAUUCGUUCUUGUGACAAACCAAAGGACAGGAAAAUCAUUUGCUUGCAAUAUUACACGUCUAAGGGAUUGUUCAUGGAGAGCCUACCCGCUGAGGACGACUUAACUUCACGGAACCGCGACG